AUGUCGGACACACCUACAUCCCCAGAUCCCGCCGCAGCGGCUCCAGCUGCCGACGUCGACCCGGCCGAGGCAGCCCGUCUCAAACGCGAAGCUCGCAAAGCACGCAUCCUCAGCAAAGGCUCGGAUCGUUUGGCACGCAUCACCAACACAGGUCGCGGUGAAGGUGCUUCAGCCUAUCUCAAGGACAACACUCCUUCGAUGCCAUCCACACCUCAAUCGAGCUCGAAUGCUGGUCUUCCAAGGGCGGCUGUGGCGGAUGACGAUGAUCCGUUGGAAGUAGACAUCUCGACACUGCCCAUGCGCGGUCCACCGAGGGGAGAGGAUGCGACGAAUCCAUUCGCCAUGUUUGGCGGUGGAGAAGGUGCGGGGCAGCAAGAUCCGAUGCAGGCGCUGAUGGCCAUGAUGCAGGGCGGCGGCGGUAUGGGUGGGAUGGGCGGCUCCGGUGGACCAGGUAUGGGAGCAGAUGGACAGCCGGACACGUCUGGUCUCCCACCACAGCUCGCAGCUAUGAUGCAGCAGUUCGGCGCUGGCGGUCCCGGCGGUCCAGGUUUGGCGCCACAGAUGACAGCAACACGAACGAAGUCGGUCUCAGAACGAGCUUUUGACCUCUUGCAAGCCGUGCUCGUCCUCGCGCUUGCCGUCCUCGCAGCCAAAUCUUCGCUGUUCGACUUUGACCGCUCCUCCGUCGUUCCUGACGCUGUCACCGACACGUUCGAAAAGAUCUCGCCUUCUUCGGCCUCAUCAACUUUGCGUCGAUGGGCGAGACUCGGAUACCAGAAGCCUUCUGUGGAAGAAUGGGCCACACUGUCGCCGACAGCCACCUCAUUCCUCCCGACCUCCACCGCCCUGCCUCUCUUCUGGAUCUUCCUCUCCCUCGAGCUCCUCCUGCAAGCAGCACGGAUCGCCAUCUUCUCCCGCAAGACUCCUGCACCGCCAUCGCUGCUCUCGACGCUCACGGCGAUGCUCCCCAUCCCGAAUCUGCAUCUGGUCAUCAGCCUGAUCAGCAAGUACCUGGCGCUGGUCAAUGCGCUGGUCACCGACGUAUGCUUGUUGGUCUUCGUGUUUGGUGCGGCGGUGCUGUGGAGUGGGUACGAGUUGGGAGGUGUCGGGAUGCUCGAAGGUGGGGUCGUGCCUGGCUUUGUGCACGACGAGUUGUAG